CCCUGCUGUCGCUUUUCCAUCCUUCCCGCGUUGCCAAACAUGUAUGCUAACAAGAUCUGCGCCUUUCCCUUGUAGCUUCUUCCAUGCACACGAAAGCGACGUCAUCGCAUCCAGGCGUGCCGAUUCCCCAACAAGAACCAGCGCUGUACAUCAGCCCGAUAUCGAGCCCGACAACCCCUUUGCCCUUCCGUUCACGAGCGUUCGCCUCGUUCUCGCGUUUCCCCUCGCACCCCGCCUCUUCUCGUUCACACUCCCCGUGCCGCGACGCUAACCCGUCGUCAUCUCCAUCGCGUCGCAGGAGGUCGCAUUCGAAGUCGAGACGGAGUAGGCAGUGCGUGGGUAGCCCUGUUAGCCCGAGCGAACUCGAGACGCGGUACAAGAACCUUUCAGAACGGAGUAUGCUCGCGGGUUGCACGCUGGAUGUGCCAGACGUCGGCUGCUUCGGGGGCUUCUGACCUACCUCGCGUGAUCAUUGGCGAUAUGGAUUGUCCGUUCGCAAUCGCAUCAACUUCGUCUUGUCUUCCGGCUUCUAUCCUUGGGCUUUCGGUCGACAUUUAUCAUCUGUUGUUGGAAGUUUAGGUGUUGCAGGUGCGGCUCGGCUGUUUUUCCAGCAUUGGCUGGUGUGUAGGUCGGCAGAGGUGGCGCCGACAUGUUGCAGGGGUGACCCAAACUCAAGCAUACGCACGGACAUUGCAGAUACCACCCGCAUCCCACGCAAAUCAAGUGCAUGUAUCAUACAUUCGUAGCUCUCUGAGUGCGUAUCCGCCUUUUAGGGCUGUGCGCCUGGUUGGCUACUUUAUGUGCUCGUUAUACAGCAAACUAUCUCUAAUGUAUUCUCAUCUCGCUUUAAUCUGGUCCUGAUACCUAAGA